AUGAAUGGACGAAAUGCGCCACUGUCCCCAGUCUCAGUAGGCGGAAGCGAAUGGUCCGGCAUUGACAAGUACCAAUCCAUGGCCGACGACGGCUUCAACCGAGGGAAUCUCGUCUCUCCCCCCAAUUCUGGCGGCUCGAACGGGUUCCUUGAGCUCAGUACUGAUGUCUUCGACGAACUGCUUAGGAGGCAAGCCCUCGCGCGCCGGCCGCCUGGCCCAAAUGGUCAGGGUCCUCCUCCUUACCUCACACCCGAGCAAACUUUCCACCCCAAACGCAACCAGGCGCGCCAGAAGCUCUCCUCGCUCGGCCCUCCUCGCUUCAGAGACUUAGCAACAGACGUUUAUGUCGAGUUGGAAAGGAGGUAUCCUCGCUUUGCAGCAGGAGACAUCCCGCGUCCCGGCAGCAACAUGUCGAUGCGCGUACCGCCCAGCCGAUCGGGCACGCCGCUGAGUGCUAUGCAGAACGGCUUCCCACCAAGAAACCAAAGCCGUAUGAGACGGCCGUCCGAUGCAAGCUCCAUCCGCGGUGUCAUGCCUCCCCAAGACCCAUAUGGCGUUCCUCCAUCGCCAGGUCUGCCCAACGGUGACUAUGGCCGUCCGAUGCAGAAGCAGUUUCAGAGCAACACCAUUGUCCCGAACAAGAGCACCAUGGUGGAGGAGGAUGAUGACGGAAGCCCAGAUAACGACGAAGAUCGCGACGCUUUCGGAUUGGACAAAAAUGGGAACAGGUCAAGUGAUAAGAGCCAGCGGACUACGGAGACCUCCGAGGCUGACAAGAAAAUGCUGGAGGAUUAUCGGAAUCAGGUCAAGGAUCUGACUGAACGCCUCGACAUCAUGGAAGAGGCAGUAAAGAGAAAAGAUGAUGAGCUGGCUGGAGUGCUCGAUGGCGAACGGUCCCGUGCCUCGGCCAACAACAUGGAGAAGCAAGAAUGGACCGAUUUGCGCACAAAUCUCGAAAAACAGCUUGCAGAUGCCCAGGGCCUCAACGAUUCGUUAAGACAGGAGCUUGACCGCGCUCAAGGAGAUCAGGAUCGCGCUCGGAAUGACUAUGAUCGUUUGCGAAAAGAGCAUGACCGCAUUCAAGACGAUAUGGACCGUAUCAGGGACGGUCACGCGAACGAGAUAAGGGACCUGAGAGACCAGUUGGAGGAGAUGCGUCAGAAGAGCAUGAACGUCAACGUCAUGCAAGCAUCGACAUCAAGCAAUGGGCCGUCGGAUCCUGAGUUGAUACAGGAGAACCAGCAAUUGCGACAGGCUCUGGAAGAGCAACAACAGGUCACUGACGAGGCUCGCAGGGAAGCCAGAGAGUUCCUGCGAGAGAUGAAGAUGUUGUCUCAACAGAGCGGCACGACAUGGGAGAAGCAGGGCGAAAUGGAAAAGACCAUUGAAGGGCUUGAGCAGGAAGUCCGUGAUUGGAGAAAUCGCUAUGCUCGCACCAAGACACAGCUGCGCAAUUUCAGAGCCUCAUCCCUCGGCCUCACCAUCGAUCAGGACGCUGGGAAAUACGUUCGCGAGAAGGGCUUUACCGAAGAGAACGGACUCGUCAAGGACGUUCAUGUGACAAAGUUCCAGAUCUCAAUCGACGAGCUUCUUCAGCGAGCACGAGCUGACGACCCGGAGAAGAUCAUUGAUGCUAUGAAGCAUGUUGUUGUUAGCGUCAGGCGGAUCACGAAGGACAUGGCGGAAUCUCCUCCCCACGACGAGACGGUUGCGCAGGAGCAGGUCAAGUUGAAGGGCAAGGUCUCGUCCACUGCAAACGCGAUGAUCACGGCGUCGAAGAACUUUGCAGCUUCUGCCGGUAUCUCACCGGUAUCUCUACUCGAUGCCGCGGCUUCCCAUCUGGUCGCCGCAGUCGUUGACCUUCUGCGGACUGUCAAGAUACGAGCUACUCCUGCCGGCGAGCUCGAGGAUGAUGACGACGGCACCAUCACGCCUGUUGAUUCGACUGGGUUCUUCUCUCCCCGCACCAAUUCGAUGCAGCAACCCAUCUCUGCUCAGGACCUUCCGCCGCCGCCUCCUUUCCAGGGCUUGGGUGCGAACCGUGCUAGCGUCGACUCAUCUGCCUACAGCCCCGUGAGCUCUCCCCGCCAGUCUGCUGAUCCGUAUGGCCGCCGGCCCAUUUCUCGUGGAGUCAAUGGCAUGGGCAACGGCAUGGGCUAUAUGGGAUUGAACAAGGCACAACCACCAGCGCCAGCCAACAACUACGGCGGUCAGUCUGAUAGCCGCUACGAGGAUCUGAAAAUCUACCUGGAGGACCAGACAGCUAUUCUUGUCCAGAAUAUUCAGAAUUUGGUCGGGUCCAUUCGAAGCGACGCCACCAUCUCCCAAAUAUCGUCGGAAAUCGAUGGCAUCACCAAUGUUGUGAGCAAGGUCGUCGCCGAAACCGAGAGCACGGGCAACGGCAACUUGACGAUUCGUCUGGCAACAUGCCGUGACCGCCUGCUAGAGGCCAAUGACCAGGGCAUCGACCUAUCUUCGUCAGGAACCAACGAACGGGACUGGCGGAUGUGGACGCAGACUUUGCCGCCCAUCGCCUUCGAGAUUGCGCGGGAGACCAAGGAGCUUGUGCAGCGGGUUGACCGGCUCGUUAUGAACAACGGAGCUGAUGACGAUUUUGCUUGA